AUGUUCGAGCUGGAACUCGACGAGACUGUUGGUAAGGGCCCUUACGAAGAUAUUCUGCACGAAACUCUUACCGCUGAAUUCGUCUCCGAAAAUGACAGGUCCAAACGUCGAGGAAAGAAGGACAAGAAGCCAGGAGUGUGUUAUAUGUCAGACGGCUUCUCACAGGUCGACUAUGUGCUCGUGUAUAAUCCGACGAAAUCAGAUGGUCAGAGGAAGCGUGACAUUUUCGAGGAGGAGCUCCUCCGAGCGGGGCUCAAACUCGACUAUGUUCAGGCAAACGCAAAGAGAGGCGGGCUCAUGUUUAUCAAAAUAAGCGCACCUUGGGAAGUCCUCAGUACCUAUGCAGAAGUUAUGCAUUUCAAAAUGCCGGUCAAAGAGAGCUGCCUCAGGAGGGAGGAAUGGCAGGCGAUUUAUGAAGGAGCCCCCCCAAACAGAGAGGUUUGUCUCGCCGGGAACGAAGAAAUCGAAAGAGCUCUCGGGAAUUCGCGUCUCAGCCUUCAGCCAAGGCCGACGAAAAAGAUGAUGCAUAAGCAGUUCGCUGUGACGUUCUCAAAAACGAAAGAAUACCUAUUCGACAUUCCGGAGAUAAAGGAAGACUUCUUCAGUUCAGCACAGCGGUCUCAGAUCGUUAACUACAUCUUGCAACGGAAAACUUUCUCCAGAACCGAAUCCGAAGAGUCGUUCGAUUUCGGAGUCGAUCGCCUCAUACGCGACGGCACGUACAUGGCCGCGUAUCCCCUCCACGAAGGAUCGAAUACCGAGGCCGAUCACUCGUUGCGACACCUAUUACUGACCCAAUGGGCUUCACUUUUCUCCACGUUCAAAGAACAACCGCUCGACGACAUCCGGCGGUAUUUCGGAGUCAAGGUUGGUCUGUACUUUGCCUGGUUGGGCUUCUACACGUACAUGCUGGUGCCUGCCUCGAUCGUCGGAAUCGUCACUUUCAUGUACGGACUUCUAACUGUGCACACAAACGACCCAACCCUGGAUGUUUGUGAGCGGUUUGAAGGCCUUGUCAUGUGCCCGACGUGUGAUACUGGCUGUGAAUACUGGAACCUGAAAGAAAAUUGCAAACACUCGAUGUUGACUUACUUGUUCGACAACGCAGCUACAGUGUGCUUCAGCGUUUUCGUCGCGUUGUGGAGCGCAGCGUUUCUCGAAUUAUGGAAACGAUACUGCAGUCGAAUAACCUACCAAUGGGAUCUGACGGGAUUCGACACUCUGGAGGAGAACUCUCGACCUGAAUACAUUGCCGAAAUGGCGGUACUCAGACGGAAAUAUGCGCAAAAAGGUCGGGAUACGGACGACUUCCGAAAACCCUCCUAUUGGAGGCGUAAACUCCCGUACACGAUAUUCUCGAUCUCGGUGAUUCUUCUCGCGAUCCUGCUCUGCGUAGCGGCUGCCAUAGCGGUGAUAAUAUACAGGAUGGCUUUCCGCACUGUUUUAGCGCUCAAAGGGGGCGACGAAGUGACGUCUUCGGUGAUCGUCUCCACGAGCGCCGCUCUCAUCAACCUCUUAUGCAUCGUCCUGUUCAACUCAAUCUACUCCCAACUUGCCGUAAAACUCACGGACAUGGAGAUGCCGCGCACUCAGAGCGAGUACGAUGACUCGCUCACGCUCAAGAUGUACCUCUUUCAGUUCGUGAACUGCUACGCGUCUAUCUUCUAUAUCGCGGUCUUCAAAGGAAAGUUCUCAGGACGUCCCGGGAAAUACAAUUUCGUAUUGGGGACAUAUCAGCAAGAAGCUUGCGGUACCGGAGGAUGUUUCCAAGAACUUUCGAUUCAGCUCGCCGUCAUCAUGGUGGGGAAACAGCUCAUUUCGGCUCUCUAUGAGUUCCUGUGGCCACUCCUCAUGAAAUUACUACAAUCUCAGAAUCAACCAAAGAUCGAUAAUAAUGCCGAUAUCCGUGAGAAGAUGGCCGCUCAAGGUGCGAUUGACGACGACGACCGACCUUGGGAACGGGACUACUGUCUCCCGGAACUGGGUCAGUCGGGUCUCUUCUUCGAAUACCUCGAAAUGAUCCUCCAAUACGGUUUCGUCACUUUGUUCGUGGCAGCUUUCCCCUUGGCUCCCGUUUUCGCCCUGAUCAACAAUAUUUUUGAAAUCCGACUCGACGCGAGGAAACUCCUUCUCCAAUUCCGUCGACCUGUAGGUCAGCGGGUGAAGGAUAUCGGAGUUUGGUACAGGAUUAUGGACGUCCUCGGCAAGUUCUCGGUGUUAAGCAACGCGGGCAUAAUCGCAUUCACUUCCGAGCUCAUUCCCCGCUUGUAUUAUUUGCUCAAAUACAAUCCGAAUAGGGACCUGGUCGGAUAUGUGAACUUCACGCUCUCGUACUUCGAUACGAACCACUAUGAUAAAAACGUGAACCACAAGCAUCGCGAACGGCUUGGGAACUCAACCUACUGUCGUUACUGGGAUUAUCGUUCGGCGCCCUGGGAAGACCGAGCCUACAAGAGAACGGUCGUGUACUGGGAGAUCUUCGUUUGGCGAUUGGUUUUCGUUCUCCUGUUCGAGAACAUCAUCGUCAUAUUGACGACACUGAUUCGCUGGCUCAUCCCAGAUACUCCGCGCUCUAUUCAAGCGAAAAUCCGCGAAGACAACCGUCUCACCAAUGAGCUGAUAAUCCUCCAGGAACUCAAGCGAAGACAGCUUGAGAGAGGCACUCGACGAUCCGUAUCGUGUAGAGACUUCCCCGACAUAGCCGAGACUUCUGCGUUCGGAACGGAGGAAUCUUCCACAACCGAGGAAGGCGCGCAACCUUCGCCGCCAAGGGUUUGA